AUGGCGGAAAACGACAACUUGCGUACGGCAUCGCUGUAUAUCAACAACCAAUUACUCUCGCGAGGACUCCUGCGCGAUGGCCAAACAAUCAACUUUGCCGACCCGGACGACUAUCCGGGCGGCGCGGAGGCCACCAUGGGCAAGAUCAUGAGCAUUGUCAAUGAUUUGAUCUUGCGCCGAGACAAGGAAGAAGAAGAAGAAGAAGGAUCCCCCAUACUGAGAUGUUAUGUUUUCCUCCUGAAGCGCGACGCCGAACAACGCGAGAACCUAUCGACUACCAUGCGCACCGUCCGCGCCGAGAAUCUGCGGUACACAAACGAUAUCGCACGCCUCUCAGAGAAGCACACCGAGGCUCAAAGAAAGCUCGACAUCAGCGAGGCCACCGAAAACACCUUGCGCACCCAGCUCAAGUCUGCCGACGCCGCUGUACGCGGCCUCAAAGACGAGGUAGCUCGCGCCAAGACCCUGGUCGCCCAGACGAGGGCCUCCUGCGCAACGGAGGUCCGACGCCGUGAUCGCCAGAUAGAUGGCCUGAAGAAGCAACUGGGCGAAGCUGGCCGUCCCCGCGGUACCGCCAAGAGCUCCGCCGUCACCGUUAUCAGCGUCGUCGCCGGCGAGGGCGAGGACAAGAUAUCGCCCAAGCGCGGAGGCAAGACCGCCGCGACCACAGAGGACUCCAGCUACGACCUGCGCAGCGAGACGAACGAGUUCCUAACGGACCUUGCGCGAAACCUUAGUGAAGAGAACGAGUCCCUCCUAAACCUGGUCCGUCGAACGACCAAGAGUUUGCGCGAGAUGAGUGGCUGUGAUGCUAGAACAAGUCAGGGCGAUGGGCAUGCUGUCACGCUGCCCACGGCCGAGGAUAUGGCACAUGAGCUUGACGCCAUCCUCGAACACCUGCGCUCCAUCUUGACGAACCCCUCGUUCGCCCCUAUUGAGGAGGUCGAGGUCCGUGAAGAGGAGAUUGCUCGUUUGCGUGCGGGCUGGGUGAAGAUGGAGAACCGCUGGCAGGAAGCCGUCCAUCUCAUUGACGGUUGGCGUCGGCGCAUGGUGGCCGACGGCAAGUCGGUGAAUAUGGAAGAGCUCAAGAUGGGCCUCCGUCUUAGUCCCGUGCGCGUUCGCAAUGUUGAGGAGACUCACCAGGGCGGUAUGGACAUGCAUGAGCUAUCUUGUGUGCAAGAGGAGUGCACCGCCGACUUGGAAGAGGAAGGGGAAGAAGAGGAGGAGGAGGAAGAGGAGAUUGAUUAUGACGAUUUGCCCGAAUCUCCGUGCCCUGCUCCGCAAAGGGUCGAGUCACUACAUCUUGUUCCCGCACCGGCAGAAUACGAAGCAGCUCCUCGUGAAGAAGAGUACAACCAGGACGACCAGCCGAGUGACUAUGAGUCGAGCAUCUUUGAGGACGUCGAUGUCGAGGAACUCGAUAUCGAAGAGCCCAACGUCCAGAUUCUUCAGCAAUCCACCGCCUACCUCAGCUCCCCUCCUCUUCCCCCACCUCCCCAGAUGAGCCCGCUCCGCGAGAUGCCUUCUGCGGGCAACCGCGACGCAAGACCCAGGCGCGAUAUUCGCGGAGACUAUGACACGAUGGUCAACGAGAAGCCCAGAACGAUCCGCGCCGUCGACGUCGCCCCGAAACCACCACCACACCUCGUUCAACUCCCGCGAUCGCCGCAGAAACCACAGCACCCGGUCGACGACCGCUCUCGCACAACAUCUGCUGCCUCGAUCGCCUCCGAAUCAACACACAACGGCGCACCCCUCAUCACGCCGUCCGGAACCCCGCCCCCGGAAGUAAAUCAAACGCCAACGGCGCGGAAACUCCCCAAGCCGCCGCGUCUCGUCCCAGCCGCCCCCACAGCGCCUUCACCAGCGGUCCCGGCACCGAGGGAAACUCAAUCUUCUGUCAAGAACAUCCGCACAGUCUCUCAGGAGAGCCAAGAAAGCCAGUCGAGCCAGGAAAGCUGCGAGGGCGCGCCCCCCGCCCCGGCCGUCCAGACCAGCGGCAACAACAAGAACGCAACACCGCACCGCACCCCUCUCCGCCGCGUCCCCUCCCGUCUGCCCCUCCCGCGGCCCUCAGAUCCUCCACCACAGCAGAGCCCCCUGACGAUGGCAACCAUUGCGGCCAAACUGGCAGCCUCAGAGCGCGAAGCCGACGCCGCCCGCGUCCGCGCGAAGCUCAAGGCAGCGCGUGGAGGUGCGCUCGGCAAACCGAUGGCCGCACCCCUACAGCAGCAGCAGCAGCAUAUGCCUGCCCCUCCACCAGAAACCAUUGUCGCAAUGCCGCAAGAAACUCAGCCACCCGUAGACUCCCCGGCAAAGACACGCGCAGACAGAGGAGACCUCGACCCCGUCAAGCGCGACAUCCCGCAAGACGAGCAGGUCCAGCAGUCGCCGCUCCAGCCGACGAAGCGCAAGCGCGACAGGCGCGUGAGCAAAGUCGCCUCGAGGAGGCGGAGCACGCUUAGCCCGUGGGAAAUGGAGAGUCUCAUCUCGGGUAACGUCGCCGUCCCGCCGUCGCCUGCUCGGUCGUGA